AGCAAACUAGUGACUCCCUAGUCAACGCUGAUUAUGCGAUCGCCUCUGCUCUGUAUCCAGCAGGCCCCCCUCAGAGCAGAAUCCCCAGCCUCAGGGCAGUGCAAGUGAGGCUCAGUGCUUUGUGCACCUGGCCGCAGCAUGGGGUCUGGAUGUCGGGUUUACUCAGCCCUUAACUGGGCGAGGCCCACACUGAGGUCACUGGGAGCUUUACCCAAGUGAGGCAUAUUAAAGCCUCAGGCCCCAGCUUGUGCAUGGCCCCACACAGCUGUGUAACACAGGGGAGCGGGUAAGGUGUUCCCCUUGCCCCUUGCAUUGCUGCACAGGGGCCUCUUGCAAUACAAGUCCCUGUGCUCCGGGGAAGGGCUGUGCAUUCCUGCUCUCCCACAGGAGAAUGAGCUGGAGAAAGGGGGCAGGGAGGAGUUGGUGUCCUGGCCCUGCGUCCUCCUGUGCCGGUCCCCAGAGCAAGAGCAGUGCAACUAUGGGAAGCGUCUAUGCCAGUCUAAAGGCUGGAAUGAGGAUUGUGCAUCCCCUUUGCAAGGAACACACCAGUAGAGGGCACAAGCUGUCUGGUGCCCCGUGUAGAGCAGUGCACCACCACAGCGCCCCCUACCAAAGGGCUGUGGCAUUAAAGCCACAUGCUGACCCCAAGGAUUCAGCUCCGUGUUCUUUCAUCCAUGUAGUGUGCUCCCCAUGUGCAUUAAGAGGAGACGGGGGAGUGAUCUUUCCUUUAGAGGAAACCAGCCUUCCUCGUGCUCUUGCUCGUUUGCAGGUCUGUCUGGGGCACAGGGGAGUCUUCUGGAGUUUCGAAAGAUGAUUAAUCAAGCCACGAGAAAAAGUGCCAUCCUCAGUUAUUAUGGGUACGGCUGCUACUGCGGGUCUGAUGGCAGAGGGGAACCGAAGGAUGCGACAGAUUGGUGCUGCCGAGCUCAUCACUGCUGUUACGAAAGGCUAAAAGCUAAUGGAUGUUAUGGGAACAGACAGCGAUAUAGUUACACCUACAAGGACGGAGACAUCCUGUGUGCUUUGGGGAGCUGGUGCGAAGAACAGGUCUGUGAUUGUGACAAGAGCACGACUCUCUGCCUGGAAAGGAACCUGAAGACGUUCAACAGCCGCUACGUUCGCUACCGAGACAGCAAGUGCACAGGAUUCACACCCAGGUGCUAGGGGCCACCCUGUCCCCAGCCCAUUAUUUUACUGACCACCCAGCUGACAAGAGUUUGCACAUGCUGUUUCCCCAGGACCAGUGAGCCAGGAGCGGGACUGUAGAAUGGACUGUGACCUCUGAGCACUUUGCUACAGAGGACAAGAGAAAUUCCAGGGAACUGCUUUUAAAUAGUCCAGCAGCUCUACCUUAAAGUGGGUCACUAGAGCAGACCAGACCGGAAGAGAACCACGUCAGGUGGCUGGUCGCCAAUAUAGGAAGGAUGGUUGAGAUACUGGGUUGGGUUCAAUUCCUGGCUCUGGCACUGACUUCCUGUGUGACCUUGGCCAAGUGCAGAUUUUAAAAGGCACUUAGGCACCUAACUCCCAUUGGAACCCAUGGGACUUAGGUGCCUAAGUACCUUUAUGAAUCUGGGCUAUAAUCGCUCUAUGCCUCAGUUUGCCCCUCUGUAACAUGGGGAUAAUAGUCCUUUCUUUGCCUGUGACUGUAGAGUGUAAGGGACCGUCUCUUCCUAUGUGUUUGUACAGCACCUAGCAUGAUAGGGCUUUGAUCUCAGUUUGUCCUAGAAGUGCUACUGGGAUAUAUAUAAUACUACAGUACUAAAAAUGGUGACUACGGACCAUUUGGUUGAACUGGGAUUCUCCUAGGAUUGCUGGCAUAAGCUCCCCAUUGUUUAAUAUUCUGAUUACAGAUUCAUUUCCUUCACUUUAGUUACCAUGCUGUUCCCUUUCCUUUGCUUCUAAAUAAAAGUGAGCAGAUCACCUUA